AAAGGAAACUGAAUUUUUUUUUUUAUUUUUUUUUUUUUAUUUUUACCAAAAAUUGAAUAUGAGACUAAGUCAAUCCUCAUUAUCCCUCCUGCUGCUCCUCCGACCUCCUUCUCCUUCUUCAAACCCUAAACGCAAUCAGUUGUUGCAGAACUGGGGAGCUCUGAAUCUACCAAUUAUCUUGCAGAUCUGUCUUUUAUUACUCUGUUUUGAAACCAACUGUCAUAUACACGCUUCAUUCUGAUUGCUUUGGCUUUUUAUGGUGGUGGGUUUUGACUUUUGAGGUGAGGGUUUUGUCGCUCAAAGGACUUCUCUUCUGUACGUAUAUACAUCCUAUUGUAUAUAUUUUUGCGUAUAUGGAGGGGAAUUCCGGUGGUGGAGGAGCAGGUGGAGCUGCUGCUGCUGCUGCUGCCGCCGGUGCUGGUUCUGUUGGUGUUGGUGGUCCUGGAGGUGGAGGAGGGAAUGAUGUCGAGCUCAUGUGCAAGACACUACAGGUGGAACACAAGCUGUUCUAUUUCGAUCUGAAGGAGAACCCUCGGGGGCGUUAUUUGAAGAUUUCUGAGAAGACGUCCGCUACCAGGUCUACCAUCAUCGUUCCCUCCUCUGGGAUUUCUUGGUUCCUGGAUCUCUUCAAUUACUAUGUCAAUUCUGAUGAUCAGGACCUCUUUAGCAAAGAAUUGCAGCUCGACACCAAGGUGUUCUACUUUGACAUUGGUGAAAACAGAAGAGGCCGCUUCUUGAAGGUAUCUGAAGCUUCUGUUAGUAGAAACCGCAGUACUAUAAUUGUUCCUGCUGGAAGUGCCCGGAGUGAAGGUUGGGCAGCAUUCAGGAAUAUUUUAGCAGAGAUCAAUGAAGCUUCAAGACUAUUUAUAAUGCCCAAUCAGCAAAGUUCUGAACCUUCAGAGCGCCUUGUUGGCCUUUCGGAUGAUGUGGGGGCCGGCUUCAUAUCUGGUCACAGUAGCCAACCUGCUUCAGCAUCUGAAUUGAAUGUAGAUAGGUCAGUUGAACUAACAGCACAGGAAGAAAUUGGAAAUAUGGGGGUCUCAAAGGUGAUCAGAGCUGACCAGAAGAAAUUCUUCUUUGAUCUUGGUAGCAACAACAGAGGUCAUUUCCUGAGAAUUUCCGAGGUUGCUGGUUCGGAUAGGUCGUCCAUAAUUCUCCCCCUGUCUGGGCUGAAGCAGUUUCAUGAGAUAGUGGGGCAUUUUGUGGAGAUAACAAAAGAUAGAAUUGAAGGAAUGACAGGUGCAAAUGUUCGGACUGUGGAUCCUCCACAGAGAUGAAUGGGGAUAACUCCGGGAGGCUCUUGUAUGUUGAUGAAACAACAUAUUAUUAUAUUUGGUGCAAGGGGAUGAUGUGGUGCUGCAAAUAGGUGUUUGAUUAGGGGGUGCAGUGCAGUGCGUGCAAUUGUGCUUAGCUUGUUUCUUGUUAAAUUCUUGUUCUCUGAUUCUAAGUAUAAAAAAUAAUCCGAUUGAUCUGUUUGAUGAACAGGAAAGUUUCGGAAAUAGUAGGAGUGAGUAGCUUUAAAAAGGGAAUAACAGAAGAAACAAAAUGGGAUAUUUGUAAUUGUGAGUUUGAUAGUGUGGCACCCUUGUUAUUCCAUUUUCAAUAAUGCCGAUUCCAGAUGCUUUUGUCCA